CGAAAAGAUAGUAAACUUAAAUAAAAUAUAUAAAUUAAAAAAUAUAAAAUAAAUCAAUAAAAUUAAAAAAAAGAUAUGAAGAUAUUAAUAAUAUUAUCCUUGAUGACCUUCUCAUUCGUGACUGCUAUUAAUAUUCGUGGUCAAGAAUUAACAGCCUAAAAUUCCUUUAAGCGUAGUUUACUCAUGUUGUAAGAUAAAAUAUACGCUAUUGAUUAUAACAUCAAAAUUGAAUGCAAAAACAAUAUCUUCAAUGAUAAUUAAUAACUAUCCUAAGAAACUAUUGAUUAAAGCUUGAAAAUAUGCGAUGUGCUUUUGAGUAUAACUGAAAAUAAAGAAUAAAGAAAUAUUGAUUAAGGUAGAAUGAAAGUGUGCAUUUAAAAUUAAUUUUAAAAUAAACAAACUAAAGAGUAGGUAGCUCUUUACUAGUAUGUAGACUGUCUUGUGAACGAUACUGUCAAAAAAUAUAACAUUGAUAGGAUAAAAAAUCUUGCUGAAACUUCAAAUAAUGAAAACAGUUAAAAGGGAUACUGGCAAAUCUAAGAUUAGUGCUCAAAUUAACUAUUCAGUUUUGAUAACAAAAACGUGAUUUAGUUUUUCGGGCAACUUGAUUAAAACUGCUUACUUUAAAAAAAGGAAGUUUAUGUCAGAAUGAGAGUAUUAGAAGAAGCAUCAAAAUAAUUUGAUGAGCUAUUGACUUGUAUAGAUUAAAUUUAAUCAAAGAACUGUCAAGGAAAAAAAUUAAUUAGAGACUACAUAGUUUGCUAAUAAAAAAACUAUAUUCCAAAUUAAAAUGGAUUAUGA